AUGGUCUACAACCCUCAACUCCACCAGCAAAAACAGCUUGUCCACGCCAUCCUGACUGCCGACCUCACCCCCUCCCAACUCGCCACUGUCCACGAGAAAUUCGCCCUAGGCGCCAACUUGGCCUCCCCCCACCCCACCGAACAGCUCUUCAUCACAGACAAGCGCUCUUGGGCACCCCUCUCUCAUCUCGAAAUCUGGCAAAACACGCCCCAUUCGAACUAG